AUGAGUGAACAGAAACCCGCACAACAGAAAAUUUCACUAAUAUCAUCUGAUAAUGAGACAUUCGAAGUGGAUCGGAAUGUGAUCCGAUUGUCAACCACGAUCAAUACGAUGCUUCAAGAUUUGGGAAUGGAUAAUCAAGAUGGCGGAGAUAUUGAUAUGGUUGAGGGUAUUCCGUUACAAAGCGUGAACUCAGCUAUUCUGAAAAAGGUUAUUCACUGGUGUGAAUACCAUAAAGAUGAUCCGAUUCCCCCAGAAGAUAAUGAUAACAAGGAGAAGCGCACUGACGACAUUUCAUCGUGGGAUGUUGAAUUUCUUAAAGUUGAUCAGGGCACAUUAUUUGAACUCAUUCUGGCAGCAAAUUAUUUGGACAUAAAGGGGCUGCUCGAUGUAACAUGCAAGACGGUAGCCAAUAUGAUUAAAGGCAAGUCACCGGAGGAGAUUCGAAGGACUUUUAACAUUAAAAACGACUUCACUCCAGAAGAGGAAGAACAGAUUCGAAAGGAAAAUGCAUGGUGCGAAGAUUAA